GUUGUCGUUAUUUCCUAGGCUAAAAAAAAAUUUAUUCUGAAAAUAGUUCUCUAUAUUUUCACUCAUUUUCUAUUUUUCAUAAAUUAGAUCAAUGAUUGUAUAAAUCGGACCAAUUAAGUUAAAAACCGAUUAAACCAACAAUCUAUUUUUUUUUUAAACUUUGGCUCCAACUAUUCUCUUACUAUUGGGAUAAUUUCACCUUAGGCGCAAUGCCGCACUCGCGCACUUAUUUCGAUAGAAUUCGAGGAAAGGGAAAGAAAACUUUGCCACACUAAACCAUUUUCCCUCCCAUGCCAAUUUCUCUCCAUCACUUCCCCCAUACUCUCCCUUCUCUCUCAACCCUUCUCAGGUCUUGCAAAUCCCAAAACCAGCUUCACCAAAUCCACGCCCACAUAAUUAAGAAGGGCCUGCACCAAGAUCAAUAUCUCAUCAGCCUUUGUAUUUCCCUUUCCACUUCCCUCUCUCUCUCCGCUUCCAUUUUCAAUAGCUUUCUCCAGCCCAGCACUUUCCUUUGGAACUGUCUCCUCAAUGGGUACUCUAAAAAUUCCUCUUUUUUUCAAACCAUGUCGCUUUUUAUCCGUAUGAAGAGUGAAGGUGGGCUUCCUGAUAAGUACACCUACCCUUUGGUGAUCAAAGCUUGUUCGAGUGAGGUUAAGGCAUGGGAAGGGAAAAUGCUUCAUGGGUUAGCUUUAAGAAGUGGAUGCGAAAAAGAUGUUUUUGUUGGGACAAGUUUGGUUGAUUUUUAUGCGAAAAUUAAGGAAAUAUUGAAUGCGAAGAAAGUGUUUGAUGAAAUGUCUGAGCGAAAUGUUGUGUCUUGGACGGCUUUGGUUGUUGGGCAUAUUAAUGUUGGUGAUAUUGUGGAAGCUAAGAGAGUGUUUGAUUUGAUGCCGGAGAGGAAUGUGGCUACAUGGAAUGCUUUGAUGGGGUGGUGGGUCAAAACAGGGGAUUUAGUGACUGCUCGGAAAGUGUUUGAUGAGAUGCCUGAAAGAAAUGUGAUUUCUUAUACGAUGAUGAUUGAUGGAUAUGCAAAGGCUGGCGAUAUGGCAUCAGCAAUGUUUUUGUUUGAGCAGGCUCCGGAGAGAGAUAUCUUUGCGUGGUCAGCAAUGAUUUCGGGAUAUGAACAAAAUGGUCAACCAAAUGAGGCUGUCAAAAUGUUUAUUAGAAUGUCAGAAAUGGAUGUUAAACCGGAUAAAUAUAUUCUGGUUAGCUUGAUGUCUGCCUGUUCUCAGGUGGGUAGUUUGAAAUUGGCUAAACGGGUUGAUGGUUAUCUAAGCCGAAGUGAUAUUGAUGUUAGCCAAGCACACGUUUUGGCAGCUCUUAUUGAUAUGAAUGCAAAGUGUGGAAACAUGGCUAGAGCAGCUAAGUUGUUUGAGGAGAUGCCAAAACGGGAUUUGAUUUCAUAUUGCUCAAUGAUACAAGGAUUGGCUAUCCAUGGUCAAGAGGCUCAAGCUAUUGAGCUUUUCAAUAGGAUGAUAAGCGAAGGGCUGGUUCCAGAUGAAGUAGCCUUCACUAUUAUUCUGAAUGCUUGUAGCGGUGCUGGCCUUGUUGAGGAAGGUUGGCAUUAUUUUGAAAUCAUGAAAAACGAAUACUCCAUGGUUCCUACGCCGGAUCAUUAUGCUUGCAUGGUUGAUCUUUUAAGUCGAACAGGACAGCUAAAAGCAGCCUACGAUCUUAUAAAAUCUAUGCCUGUGGAACCUCAUGCUGGUGCUUGGGGUGCUCUUCUUGGGGCCUGUAAAUUGCAUUGUGAUGUUGAGUUAGGGGAGUUGACUGCUGAUAGGCUGCAUGAGCUAGAGCCGCUGAAUGCUGCUAAUUAUGUGCUGUUAUCUAACAUAUACGCUGCUGCAGAGCAAUGGGUGAAUGUUUCUCAUGUGAGGAAUAAAAUGAAGGAGGGGGGCCUAAGAAAAGUACCUGGGUGCAGUUGGAUUUAAUUUAUUAAGGGAAUUUGUUAUUGGCUAUGCCUGUUAAUUAUGCACUUUAUUUAUUUAAUAAAUAAUAUACACUUAUAUCUUCCACAUUUUUU